AGCGUUAAAGGGGCGGGUCCCGCGGCGGGGGCGGGGCCGCAGCUCGACAGCACCUGAGGGCUCGCGGCUCCCCGCCCCUGCACUGCGCGGAGCGCGGGAGCCGGAGCCCCCGGGGAGAGCGGCGCGGCUGCGGGCACUCGCGGCGGGAGGGGCGGCGGCGGCGGCCGGAGCGACGUCAGGAGGCUAGCGGAGCCGCCAUGGCCGAGUUCCCGUCGAAAGUGAGCACGCGGACCAGCAGCCCCGCGCAGGGCGCCGGCACUUCGGUCGCCGCGCUGCGCCCGGACCUGGGCUUCGUGCGCUCCAGCCUCGGUGCGCUCAUGCUGCUGCAGCUGGUGCUGGGGCUGCUGGUGUGGGCCCUGAUUGCCGAUACCCCGUACCACCUGUACCCAGCCUACGGCUGGGUCAUGUUCGUUGCUGUCUUCCUCUGGCUGGUGACAAUUGUCUUCUUCAUCCUCUACCUGUUUCAGCUGCACAUGAAGUUGUACAUGGUGCCCUGGCCGCUGGUGUUAAUGAUAUUUAACGUGGGCGCCACCGUUCUCUACAUCACGGCCUUCAUCACCUGCUCUGCUGCCGUCGAGCUGACGUCCCUGAAGGGCACCCGGCCGUAUAACCAGCGUGCGGCUGCCUCUUUCUUUGCAUGUUUAGUGAUGAUUGCCUACGGAGUGAGCGCUUUCUUCAGCUUCCAGGCCUGGCGGGGCGUGGGCAGCAACGCGGCCACCAGUCAGAUGGCUGGCGGCUACGCCUAGGCCACCUGUGUCAUGGCCCACCUUGGGGCCGAAGGCUGCAGCUGGGUCACAGCUGGGUCACAGCGCGGGGCGCCCUGCAAGCCCGAGGCCUGAGCCCUUUGUGGAGUCGGCCUGGAGGGACUACGCUUGCUCCGCUCUGCUCCUCAGACCCGGGCUCACCCAGCGCUCCUACGGAAUCGGGAUCCUUCCUCUGGUUUGGCCCAAGUCGGCAAGCGCCUGGGCUGGAGAGAGGCCCAUGGCUGACACCACCUGCCCGUCCCCCGUAUUUAGUGGAAGGUGACGGGGGACGCGGGACUCUCUGCUUUGUCUUUAGAAGACUCCAGUGUCCAAGGCUGGAGCCCAGUCUUCUCACCAACACUAAAUACACUAAUGAGGACUCCAGACCUGUAGCCGCUGGCCCACCGUAGAAUAAGCCUAACAAGCCGUGCGUAUUUACCUUAGUCUUUGCCCUGGGACUGAAGAGCGAGGUCUCUGAAACCGGCCUCAUUCCUUCAACCACAAUUCUGACCUGACCCUCCCUCCCUCAAGCCAACAGGUGGCUUCUAGGGAGUCAUCUGUGGAAAGAGGGUUAGGAUUUCUGACAGCAUGGUCGUCCUUUUCCUGCAUUUCAAACAUACCAGUUAUUUAAAGCAAUCGGUCUGAGAAGCAACUUCUCAGUGAUUAAAAACCUGGCCAGGUUUCCGUCCGGUACCCAAGCCCUUGUUUGUAAUAUCCCCUCUGGGAAAAGCUAACCGUGCCACCUGCUUCCCGGACGCUGUUGAUUAGGCACAUGGGACAUGGAGGAGGGAGGGACUCAAGACCUUGCCUGGUAAGUUGUCCCGUGCUUGGUGACUUGGUUCUCUUUGGGUUUUUUUUUUGUUGUUUUUUACAAAAAUAAAGCUGGAAGAACCUAUUUGGAAAAGAUGUUGGGUAAUCAUGGUUGUAGACGCUUAUACAGCCCAGGAAGCCGCAGCUAAAUGUUGUACUGGGAGGUUCAAAAUCCGGUUCUGGACUUAGCACCCCCAGCUGCUACUCUGACUUGAGGCCACCUGAGUACCUUCCUGCUUGCUUUCUUUGCCAGGGACAGUUCCCCUUCAUGCCAGCUGUCCUGACAGAUUUAAUAGACCCCCCCCCCCCCCCCCCCCGCCAUUCUCAGAAUGGUGUCCUUUUAACACUAAGCCAGUCAUCCCAGCUUUAGGCACAUCAAGGUCACCUUGCUGAAGGCGAGACUGCCAUCCUGUCCCCUGCCUUGAAAGUGCGCAGUUCAGAGAUCGUCAUCAACGCGAAUAACAGGCUGGAUCUGGGGGGCCGGCGGCAGACCACAGAGAGGAAGUCCUCCUGACCGAGCUUAUGUUUCUGCUGCCACAGAGUAACAUGCUUUGGAUAGUAAGUAGGCUGAGGGGAGGGCAUUUCUGGGCACCCCUUGGUCCUUUUGCAAAAACCCGGGGAUAAUUAGGAUGUAACUCCAGUAGUCCGUAGGCUCCCCUUAUCCACGUUCUCGCUUUCUGCGUUUUCAGUUACUCGCGGUCAGCUAGUAGCCUGGGAGCAGGCGGUCCUCCUCCUGAGGCUACCAGCAGGGUCAAGCUGCGCCAGUCACCUCACUUCAUCUCAGCCUGGGGGCCAGACCUCACCUCCCAUCAUCACAAGAGUACAGGAAGUAGGAUAUUUUGAGAGAGCCCACCGUCACGUAACUCUUAAUUACAGUAUAUUGUUGUAACUGUUCUACUUUCUUGGUGUUAACCUCUUACCAUGCCUUUCUAAAUUGAACUCUGUCACAGGUGUGGACGUACAGGGAGAAAGAGUGUGAAGAGGGUUCGGUAUUAUCCAGGAUCUCAGGCAUCCACGGGGAGGGGGUGUCUCGGGACAGAUCCCCUGCAGGUGGGGGCUACUGUUGAGUCCAACAGUUGUGGGGGACCUGCUCCAGAACAGAGGGACGGGGUUAAGUCAGACACCCAUGUCCUGGUUAGCCUGGGACAGGCCCAUGGCCUGCCUAUUGUCCUGGUGUGGAUACUAACAGGAUCGCUUUUUACUCUCAAGUGGCUCAGAAUAUGAUAAACGGAGUCAUUCCAUGAUUAAGCCAUAAGGAGAGAGUUUAGUGUUAAGAUCAACUCAUUUUCUUUUGGCUUAAGAGGAAACAAAGUCCUAGGUAAGGUCUUACCAGUUUCUGACCUAACACACAGCCCACUGCACUGCGGAUAUUAACAUGCUUCCUCAAACAACUACCUUUCGGUGAGGCCUAUGCCUCCCUGAUCCUCAGACCCUGCAGUUGAAGGGUCUGCGCUUCCCUGCGCUUCCCAUGGGCGAGGAGGUCUGAGCAAUAUGACAGGGCAGCUGUCACAGAGACUGGGCAGGAUGGCGGGCUUUCUCAUCCCAGCCACCCCUGAGCCCCAUCAAAGGUGGCACACGAUGACGGAAGUCCCUGUGUGGACAGAGACAGGUUUCCGGUUUUAUAAAAUCAGAAAGCCUAUCUGCCAAUAGUAAGCAACAGGCUUGCUUUUUUUUUUUUUCCCCCCUCUGAGCGGAAAAGAACCGUUUGCCUCUGCUGUUGUUCAUUUUUCGUUAAGUCCACAUACAUGGGUUUUCUCAACCAGGUCUUCAUCAAGUACUUCGGAUAUGCCCAGCCUACAGUGAGUAGCCCUUUAUAGAAAAAGGGCAAGAAGGGAAAGCAAGGCCAGGAGGGGCAGCAAUGGAAAAAGCUGGCUCUGCGAGGGCCUCUGGCUUUGAAGGACCAAAGCAGCAGUGACCCCGAGGGCAGGGGUGAUAGCCAAGAAAGGGGAGGGACUCGUGGAGAAUGACGGCUCUUGCAAUGCACCUCCGAGUUUAUUCAUGGUACAAAAGUAUUUAAUAAGUGCCACGCAUGAGUACAGAAAGAGUCUACAGCUCACACUUUAAGACCAGAACAGCCAACCGAAGUUUAUAAGUAUAGUCUUAUUUUUACUUAAAAA